AUGCUUUUGGAAAUCUCAAUUGUAGUCCCAUUGCAAGGUUCUAGUGUACAUUCUACUUUCCAUUCGAUGAAUUUCAAGAAUCAACUAUCAAUUGACAAAACAGGGGAAACCAACGUGGAUGCUCAAUCGCCUCUACCAGUUGGUGAGAAGAAAGUUCAAAAUGAUCUGUUUUGUCUUAGGUUACUACGGCGUUCAGUAGCCCACAAGAAACUCAUCAAAUCCGUUUGAAAAGAUUAUGUACUUUGAGGAUGAUCAUCUUCAAAAUGAUGGUUGAAAGUGUAUUGUUCCAA